AGGCCGGGUGAGGACUCGCCAGGCAGCGCCGCUUCUUGUUCUGGGCACGGUGAAGAAGGACGCUUUCUAACGGGCCACAUUUUGCUGUGUAGACCCAAAACUCGCCUCUGAGGCCCCGCGUUCAGGAGCGGGGUCAGGUGGCCCCAGGGCGGCGGCGGCUUGCCGGAGACUCGCGAGCUCCGCACCCGACGCCCUCUCCCAACGCGGCCUCCUGCUCGCGCCGCGGAACCCCUUCGUCGGGUGUUUCACCCAUCGGAGGGGUCGUGCCGGUUGAGGUUGUCACCGGGUGCGUGGCAUAGCUCGUGAUAUCUCAUGGACCAAGAGGGAAGAAGCACAGAAUUCCUCAACUCCCAGUGUGCCCAUGAGUAAGAGCAAAUGCUCCGUGGGACUCAUGUCUUCCGUGGUGGCCCCGGCUAAGGAGCCCAAUGCCAUGGGCCCGAAGGAGGUGGAGCUCAUCCUUGUCAAGGAGCAGAACGGAGUGCAGCUCACCAGCUCCACCCUCACCAACCCACGGCAGAGCCCCGUGGAGGCCCAGGAUCGGGAGACCUGGGGCAAGAAGAUCGACUUUCUCCUGUCCGUCAUUGGCUUUGCUGUGGACCUGGCCAACGUCUGGCGGUUCCCCUACCUGUGCUACAAAAAUGGCGGGGGUGCCUUCCUGGUCCCCUACCUGCUCUUCAUGGUCAUUGCUGGGAUGCCACUUUUCUACAUGGAGCUGGCCCUCGGCCAGUUCAACAGGGAAGGGGCCGCUGGUGUCUGGAAGAUCUGCCCCAUACUGAAAGGUGUGGGCUUCACGGUCAUCCUCAUCUCACUGUAUGUCGGCUUCUUCUACAACGUCAUCAUCGCCUGGGCGCUGCACUAUCUCUUCUCCUCCUUCACCACGGAGCUCCCCUGGAUCCACUGCAACAACUCCUGGAACAGCCCCAACUGCUCGGAUGCCCAUCCUGGUGACUCCAGUGGUGACAGCUCGGGCCUCAACGACACUUUUGGGACCACACCUGCUGCCGAGUACUUUGAACGUGGCGUGCUGCACCUCCACCAGAGCCAUGGCAUCGACGACCUGGGGCCUCCGCGGUGGCAGCUCACAGCCUGCCUGGUGCUGGUCAUCGUGCUGCUCUACUUCAGCCUCUGGAAGGGCGUGAAGACCUCAGGGAAGGUGGUAUGGAUCACAGCCACUAUGCCAUACGUGGUCCUCACUGCCCUGCUCCUGCGUGGGGUCACCCUCCCUGGAGCCAUAGACGGCAUCAGAGCAUACCUGAGCGUUGACUUCUACCGGCUCUGCGAGGCGUCUGUUUGGAUCGACGCGGCCACCCAGGUGUGCUUCUCCCUGGGCGUGGGGUUCGGGGUGCUGAUCGCCUUCUCCAGCUACAACAAGUUCACCAACAACUGCUACAGGGACGCGAUUGUCACCACCUCCAUCAACUCCCUGACGAGCUUCUCCUCCGGCUUCGUCGUCUUCUCCUUCCUGGGGUACAUGGCACAGAAGCACAGUGUGCCCAUCGGGGACGUGGCCAAGGACGGGCCGGGGCUGAUCUUCAUCAUCUACCCGGAAGCCAUCGCCACGCUCCCUCUGUCCUCGGCCUGGGCCGUGGUCUUCUUCAUCAUGCUGCUCACCCUGGGUAUCGACAGCGCCAUGGGCGGUAUGGAGUCAGUGAUCACCGGGCUCAUCGAUGAGUUCCAGCUGCUGCACAGACACCGUGAGCUCUUCACGCUCUUCAUCGUCCUGGCGACCUUCCUUCUGUCCCUGUUCUGCGUCACCAACGGUGGCAUUUACGUCUUCACGCUCCUGGACCAUUUUGCAGCCGGCACGUCCAUCCUCUUUGGAGUGCUCAUCGAAGCCAUCGGAGUGGCCUGGUUCUAUGGUGUCGGGCAGUUCAGCGACGACAUCCAGCAGAUGACCGGGCAGCGGCCCAGCCUGUACUGGCGGCUGUGCUGGAAGCUGGUCAGCCCCUGCUUUCUCCUGUUCGUGGUCGUGGUCAGCAUCGUGACCUUCAGACCCCCCCACUACGGAGCCUACAUCUUCCCCGACUGGGCCAACGCGCUGGGCUGGGUCAUCGCCACAUCCUCCAUGGCCAUGGUGCCCAUCUAUGCGGCCUACAAGUUCUGCAGCCUGCCUGGGUCCUUUCGAGAGAAACUGGCCUACGCCAUUGCGCCCGAGAAGGACCGUGAGCUGGUGGACAGAGGGGAGGUGCGCCAGUUCACGCUCCGCCACUGGCUCAAGGUGUAGAGGGAGCAGAGACGAAGACCCCAGGAAGUCAUCCCGCAAUGGGAGAGACACAAACAAACCAAGGAAAUCUAAGUUUCGAGAGAAAGGAGGGCAACUUCUACUCUUCAACCUCUACUGAAAACACAAACAACAAAGCAGAAGACUCCUCUCUUCUGACUGUUUACACCUUUCCGUGCUGGGAGCGCACCUCACCAUGUCUUGUGUUGCUGUAAUAACGACGUAGAUCUGUGCAGUGAGGUCCACCCCGUUCUUGUCCCUGCAGGGCAGAAAAACGUCUAACUUCAUGCUGUCUGUGUGAGGCUCCCUCCCUCCCUGCUCCCUGCUCCGAGGCUGCCCCAGGGACACUGUGUUCUCAGGCGGGGAUCACGAUCCUUGUAGACGCACCUGCUGAGAAUCCCCGUGCUCACAGUAGCCUCCUAGACCAUUUACUUUGCCCAUAUUAAAAAGCCAAGUGUCCCGCUUGGUUUAGCUGUGCAGAAGGUGAAAUGGAGGAAACCACAAAUUCAUGCAAAGUCCUUUCCCGUUGCGUGGCUCCCAGCAGAGGCCGUAAAUUGAGCGUUCAGUUGACACAUUGCACACACAGUCUGUUCAGAGGCAUUGGAGGAUGGGGGUCCUGGUAUGUCUCACCAGGAAAUUCUGUUUAUGUUCUUGCAGCAGAGAGAAAUAAAACUCCUUGAAACCA